AUGAGUAGGUCUAAUAACAGUACAUCUGAAGUGGAUGGAUUUAAUAUAAGAGAUUCUAAUAAGAUAAUAUAUAGUAUAAAUAAAGAGAUAUCUAACAAUACAGAUUUUUUAAAGGUACAGAUAGAAAGUGAAAUGUUAGGUAAUUCUAUAGAAAGUGAUGGUUGUUUAUUUGAAGGGAACAAUUUAAAUGUAUCUCCACUAAUAGAUCAGAGUAACUUGGAUAAAACAAAGGGUUAUAUAGAUAAUAUGAUCCAUUCAAAUUUUUUAGAACAGAAAAUUACUAAUAAGUCUAACUUUGAGACUAAUAUGAAUCUAUCUAAUAAUAUAGAGGAACAGAAUUUAUCAGUUAAUUUUUUAAAUGAGGAGAAAACAAAUAAUGCACAUAAGAUUGAUAAAGAGAAUUUAGAACAAAAAGGUUUUCCAAAUACACAAAUAAAACGAAGGAAGAUUAACUUUUGUAAUUGUUCAAUGAUUGAAAAUAAUUGUAUAAAUUUUUUAUCAGAAGAUGAAAAAAGGAAUAUGAUUCAGAAGAAAUGGAGUAAUCUAAUAGAUAAUUUUAGAUUUGAGUUUGAUCCAAUGAUUAGAAUACCUCAGAAAUAUUUGGCUGAUGAAGUAAAGAAAUUUAGAUUAGAAAAUAAUUAUGGAACAUCUAAAGAUAAUUUAAAUAAGGAAGAUAUGAUGAAUCAAAAUGAUUCUAACAAAGGAAUUGAUACACCUAAACAUAAAUCAUUGCAUUGUAUUCAUCCAUCAUAUUAUUUAUCUAUUGAUAUUGUGGGUGAAUUGACAAGUUUUCCUUGUAAUAAAACAGGGAUAUUAUUAGUAGAUGAAAUAAUUAAAUUAUUACAAGAAAAACAAGUUUUAACAUGUAUUGAAUAUACUUUUCCAAAACCAUCAAAGGGUAACCCAUUUAAGAAUGAAUUAAAAUAUUUGUCAUGGAGUAUUAAUGGGACAAUUUAUCGUGCAGGAGAAGAAGAGUUUUUGGAGCAAGAAUUAGGAAGUGCUAUUUCCUAUAAAGAGAAAUCCCUUUGCUAUUUUGAUUUUCAAUUUUCAAAACCAAAAAUGUAUAUUCCACUUUCUAAUACUCCUUUAAUAUAUAUUGAUGACUUAGAUGGGCUAAAUUCUAUGAUUAUUGAUAUAAACAAUCAAUUAGAACUUCAAUAUAGUGAAUCUUCAGAAUAUUCAUCUAAAGAUCCUUUUGUAUUAGCUAUUGAUUUAGAACAUCAUUCAAUGCAGACAUUUAGAGGUUUUGUUUGUUUAAUACAAAUGAGCACAAGAACAUGUGAUUAUAUUAUCGAUCCAUUUCCUUUAUUUGAAGAAUUGAGUAGAUUAAAUGAAUUAACUACAAAUCCAAGAAUUCUUAAACUAUUCCACGGAUCAGAUUAUGACAUUAUCUGGUUACAACGUGACUUCUCAGUUUAUGUUGUCAAUAUGUUUGAUACAGGACAAGCUGCAAGAGUUUUAAAUACACCUGGUGGUUACUCACUUGGAAAUUUAUUGAACCUAUAUUGUUCAGUAGAGGCAAAUAAGCAAUAUCAAUUAUCUGACUGGCGAGAAAGGCCAUUACCCCAACACUUAAUAGAAUAUGCUAGGAGUGAUACUCAUUAUUUACCUUAUAUAUAUGAUAUUAUGAAAAAUCAACUUUUACUAUUGGGUAAUAAAAGUCAUGGUUUAUUUAUUUCAUUGAAAGAUCCAUUUAUGGACUUAUCAGUUUCUGAUAAUACAAAUUUAUUCAUAAAUCAAAAUAAAAAUAUUACAAUAGAAAGUAAUUCCCAAUUACUAGAAAUAGGAAAUUUUGAUAAGUCUGAAACUGAAAGGUACUCUAUAGAUAAAUAUAAUUUAGAUCCAUCUGCUUUAUUAACAGUAAUGCAUAAAACUAGGUUAAUAUGUUUGAAAGAAUAUAUUGAACAACCCAUUGAUAUUUGGAAUAUAUCUCUAAAUAUUAUAUCUAAAUUUAGCAAGAAUUUGUUACAUAAUUCAAUUAAUAAAGCUACUAUAACACUAUUGGUAUAUGUAUUAAUUUUGUGGCGUGAAACAGUUGCUAGAUUAUAUGAUAUUAGUAAUAGUUAUGUGCUCAAAGAUGGAAUAUUGCAGCGUCUAAUACAGAAACAACCAUUAAAUUGGAAUGAUUUGAUAGCUACAUUCCCAAAUAAUCCUGCUCAAAUUAAAAGACAUAGUGAUACAUUACUGAAAUUAAUAUUAUUAGUAAAACAACAUAUACAAACAAAAACAGAAAAGCAAAUUGAAGAGAUGAAUGAGAUAUUCACAAGUAUAUACGAUAGUAUACCUUUAAAUAAGACACCCUAUUCUAAUAAUGAUUAUUCAAAAAAAUAUAUAAAUUUCAAAAUUUCAAAUAUUGAAACAUCAAAAGGUGAAUUAGAAAAAUUGGAUGAAUAUUCGAAAGAUAAUGAUAUAAAAUUAUAUGAAGAGGAUCAAGAUAAAAUUUUUAAUAUAGUUAAUAUAUUGAACAAUCAAAGUGAUCCUUUUGCGGAUUCAUUAUUUGGUAAAGUUUCUACAUCAUCACUUCUAAAUAUUAAGCUUGUAAAUAGUAUUAGAUAUAAUAUGAAAGAUUUAUUAUGUGGGAAAAAAUCAGAGAUUGAAGCAUUUAAAUCCAGUAAUGAUUUAUUAACUAAAUGUCAUAAUAAACAUGUAAUUGAUAAUUCAACUAAAAGUGAUACUACAAACAAAGAAUAUAAUGAAAUUCAUCCUGAUAAUAUAGAUAAUAAUGAAGAUAAUAUUACUCAAUCUAAUAAAAAUAAAAAUAUUCUUAAUAAUAAAUUUCAAAGUAUAAAAGAAAAAUAUAAAACAGAUAAUGUAAAUAAGUUAAAUAAAAAGUUUAGGAGUGAUAAUAUACAAAACAAUGAUAUUAAAGUAAUCAAAAAUGAAAAAUUUGAGCAUUCUAAUAAUUCUAAAGACAGGUUAAAUACUAUGAAAUUUAGUCUUAUUAAUGUAUUUGGAGAUUCCAUUAAGUCAAUACUACCAGCAAGUUUAACUAAAAAUAUCCCUUCAUAUGUACAAAAUCCUAAUGUCUACUCUCCAAAACCAAAUAAAUCUAUUUCAUCAAUGAAACCCAAAAAGUGGAGUAGAAAAUAA